AAUGCAGCUGAACUCAUUAACCAAGCUCUACAACAAUCCAGGCCUAACGUGGCCGUAGCUGAAGGAUCAGCUCACCUUUCAGUACGUCAACCGCACCAUGUAGCUUCUUCAAUCUACCUCUACCUCUUCAGGUUGACCCACUUCAAAAUGAAUUGGAGAGGAUACGUAAAGAAGUGGAACAAACUACUACACUUCAUGAUAGCACGAAGCUGCGGUUUCAAUCUGAAUGUGAAAAGGAAAUAGAGGAAAUGAUUGCUCAAAUUCGUAGCAAAUAUGAAGCAAAACAUAGAGAUGCUGAGACAGCAUUUCUGUUGAAAAAGACUGAACUGGAUACAAACCAGAAGAAGGUUCUUAUGAACAAGAUAUUAGCUGAAGCUUUUCGCUCUAAAUGCUUGGAUCUUAAGCCUUCUGCGGUUUUAUCGAUGCAGCAAGGUGCUCCUGUCAGUUUCAUUCAGCGGGUGAAUCAGUUAUCCUUGCAGCCUACAGGGAGACAUCCCUCUGUUGCUACCUUGUCUCCUGCUGGCCUACCUUCUGUGAGUCAACAGACUGCAAUGCCACCUGUACAAUCUCUUCAUCGUUCUUCAGGACUUUUUCCAAGUGUUCCUGCAAGACCUCCCCAAAUCAGUGCCAUUACCCCUUCUACUGGUGGUGUUCGAGUUAGUGGAGAGAAGUGCGCCAGCCCCACAUCUUCAACCUUUCAGACUACCUGGUUGCACGUCUGCAGCUGCUAGUAGCUCGUGCAUUCCCGGCAAUAUUCCCAAUCAACAGGUGCCAAUCAACUUGCCUGCAAGAUCUGUGUCACUUCCCCUGUUCCAAAUCAACAACCACUGCCAUUGCCUUCACAAUUCUUGCUGCAACAAAACCCCUUACCCCCAACCCAACCAACAGCUGCACUGCAACCGAGCAGGAUCAGUCAAGCUGUUUCUAGUAGUAGGCCUUCUCAACCUGAAAGUGGAGUUCAUCCAGGUUGUCAUAACCCCAGUCAAUCUGCGGUGGAGUUGCUCAUGGAUAUUGAUAAUCAAGCUGGU